AAUAACUAGUACUACUACUAGUACAACAAGUGGGAUGGAUGGUGGGGUUGUGCCCCUCCGCCUCCGGGUUCGCUUUAGGAAAUAUUUUAUCUAUUUCACUUAACUUACCAUGCAAGGUACGAUGAUGAGUACAACCUGUUCAACUUAUGAGUCUUAAUUUCUUUCCUUGACUCAGACUUCGACUUUUUCUUAAUUCACUGGACUCCCUACUAGAUAAUAUCCUAUAAAAGGUCAUACGGAGUCAACAACGCUCAAUUAUUAUCGUUAUACUCUCCACCACAACCAAUUGACUGGUUCAAAGACAUCACAUCAUCAUGGAAGGCCUCAAACAGACAUUCAAGCGUUGCAAGGCAGAGAACCGAUCUGCCUUGGUGACCUAUGUCACUGCCGGUUACCCUAAACCGGAAGAUACACCAGAUAUCAUGCUAGGAAUGCAAAGAGGUGGCGCUGAUAUCAUUGAGCUUGGUGUACCCUUCACAGAUCCAAUCGCCGACGGUCCCACCAUCCAAACCUCGAAUACCGUCGCUCUCCAAAAUGGCGUCACCAUCAAAUCUACCUUGGAGAUGGUUCGCCAAUCCCGAUCAAAAGGCUUGACUGCCCCAGUCUUGUUGAUGGGCUACUAUAACCCCUUGUUGAGCUACGGCGAGGAUGCUCUUUUGCGCGAUUGCAAGGAGGCCAAAGUCAAUGGCUUCAUCGUCUGUGACUUGCCACCCGAGGAGGCUGUCUCCUUCCGAAAACUUUGCAGCAGAGGAGGAUUAUCGUAUGUACCCUUAAUUGCACCCGCCACUUCAGACACCCGCAUGCGCAUUCUAUGCGCCCUUGCCGAUUCCUUCAUCUACGUCGUUUCCCGCAUGGGCGUCACCGGCGCAUUAGGUACCCUCAACGCCGGCCUACCUAAGCUUCUCGAAAGAGUCAAGAAAUACAGUGGCGACAAGCCGGCUGCUGUCGGCUUCGGCGUGUCGACACGGGAACAUUUCCAGUCCGUUGCUUCCAUAGCGGAUGGUGUCGUCAUUGGUUCCCAAAUCGUUACCACUCUCCAAAAGGCCGAGCCCGGCAACGGUGCCAAGGCUGUAGAGGAAUACUGUGCCUAUGUAAGUGGACGAGAUUCCAAUGAAACGACACGGGAAGUGGGCGUUGUCGAAGCCAUCAGCGCAGCCAAAGAGCCUAGCGGCGAAGACGUUACUGUGAAUGGGGUUAUUUCCGACUCUGACGAUGCCGCAUUGGUUGCGCAACUCGCAGCCCUCCACGGCAAGAUCCCCGAGCGGUUUGGUGAGUAUGGUGGUCAAUAUGUUCCCGAAUCUCUCAUGGACUGUCUAUCCGAGUUGGAGGAAGGGUUCAAUGCGAUCAAGGAUGAUCCCAAGUUCUGGGAGGAGUAUAGAUCUUACUACCCCUGGAUGGGACGACCGGGUCAACUGCAUCUUGCUGAACGCCUAACCGAAUAUGCUGGCGGUGCCAAUAUCUGGUUGAAGCGAGAGGACCUGAAUCACACUGGAUCCCAUAAGAUCAACAACGCGUUAGGUCAGCUUCUCCUAGCGAAGCGCCUCGGCAAGACCAAGAUCAUUGCUGAGACUGGAGCUGGUCAACAUGGUGUCGCUACUGCUACAGUCUGCGCCAAGUUCGGCUUGGAAUGUACUGUAUUUAUGGGUGCUGAAGAUGUCCGCCGCCAAGCUUUAAAUGUUUUCCGAAUGCGACUACUCGGUGCCAAGGUUAUUGCCGUGGAAGCUGGAAGCAAGACCUUGAGAGAUGCGGUCAACGAAGCGCUUCGCUACUGGGUGGUUCACCUAGAGGAUACGCACUACAUCAUUGGAUCCGCCAUUGGCCCCCAUCCCUUCCCCACCAUCGUCAGAACUUUCCAGUCCGUCAUUGGCAACGAGACGAAAGCCCAGAUGCAGGAGAAGCGAGGGAAAUUGCCUGAUGCUGUAGUCGCCUGUGUUGGUGGAGGCAGCAAUGCCACGGGCAUGUUCUACCCCUUUUCAAACGACCCUAGCGUUAAGCUUCUAGGUGUCGAGGCUGGUGGUGAUGGCGUCAACACUGCACGACACUCAGCCACAUUGACAGGAGGUACCAAGGGUGUUCUUCACGGUGUAAGGACCUAUGUUCUCCAGAAUGAGCAUGGACAAAUCUCCGACACACAUUCAGUCUCAGCGGGUCUCGACUACCCGGGUGUUGGACCGGAAUUGUCCAACUGGAAAGACUCGGAACGGGCCAAGUUCAUCGCAGCUACAGACGCAGAGGCAUUCCUCGGAUUCAAAUUGAUGAGUCAGCUGGAAGGCAUCAUCCCGGCGCUGGAGUCGGCGCAUGGUAUAUAUGGAGCCCUCGAGCUUGCCAAGACGAUGGGAAAAGACCAGGACGUGGUAAUAUGUCUUAGUGGUAGAGGAGACAAGGAUGUGCAGAGUGUUGCCGACGAGUUACCCAAGCUGGGACCUCAGAUCGGUUGGGAUUUGCGUUUCUAAGGAGACAAGUCAUUAAGACACUGACAGACGAGGAUGGAUAGGGCCUCAUUGUUAGGUUUGUCAACUUUGGAGUUGGGGCGAGGCAUUUUUUAAAAAGGGCGUGGAGAGAUGAAAAAGAAAUAAGUCGAAAUUCAUGAUACGACGACACAUAUGGAAAAACGGAAUGGUAUUGGGCGGCAUAUAGAU